AAAUCCCCCUGGAGAAAGACCCCUCCCCACCGUCCCUGUCCCGCAGAGAUGAACGUGAAGACGCUGAGCUUCGAGCAGUUCCUGCCCAUGAUGCAAACCAUCGCCAAGAACAAGGACCAGGGCUGCUUCGAGGACUACGUGGAGGGGCUCCGGGUGUUCGACAAGGAGGGCAACGGCACCGUCAUGGGGGCCGAGAUCCGCCACGUCCUCGUCACCCUGGGUGAGAAGAUGACCGAGGAGGAGGUGGAGCAGCUGGUGGCCGGCCACGAGGACAGCAACGGCUGCAUCAACUACGAAGCCUUUGUGAGACACAUCUUGUCAGGGUGACGCCGCAGGGGUAACGCCUCCCCCCGCCCCCUCCUCAAAUUACUUCAUUUGGUUUUUUUUUUUUAAUCUCAUUCCUUCCUUUUUUUUCUUGCCC